CCAGAGUUGGCGCGAAGGUGCGCGAGUCGGCCCUCACGCAGGGGCCGCAGGAAACAAUAGAGGCCGCGCGAGCGGAGCGAGCGCUCGUCGCCUCCCCGCCCCUCACGCAACGCUCUACCCGGGAUCUCCCCGGCUUGCCUGCCCGCCAUGGCCGACAAGGAAGCAGCCUUUGACGAUGCAGUGGAAGAACGUGUGAUCAACGAGGAGUACAAAAUAUGGAAAAAGAACACUCCUUUUCUUUAUGAUUUGGUGAUGACCCAUACUCUGGAGUGGCCCAGCCUCACUGAUCAGUGGCUUCCAGAUGUAACCAGACCUGAAGCCUGGAGUGGGAAAGAUUUCAGCAUUCAUCGACUUGUCCUGGGGACACACACCUCGGAUGAGCAAAACCACCUGGUGAUAGCCAGCGUGCAGCUCCCUAACGAUGAUGCUCAGUUUGAUGCGUCACACUACGACAGCGAGAAAGGAGAAUUUGGAGGUUUUGGCUCAGUUAGUGGGAAAAUCGAAAUAGAAAUCAAGAUCAACCAUGAAGGAGAAGUGAACAGGGCUCGUUAUAUGCCCCAGAACCCUUGUAUCAUUGCAACAAAGACUCCAUCGAGCGACGUGCUUGUUUUCGACUAUACAAAGCAUCCUUCUAAGCCAGACCCUUCUGGAGAGUGCAACCCGGACUUGCGUCUCCGUGGACACCAGAAGGAAGGCUAUGGGCUUUCUUGGAACCCGAAUCUCAGUGGGCACUUACUUAGUGCUUCCGAUGACCACACCAUCUGCCUGUGGGACAUCAGUGCCGUUCCGAAGGAAGGCAAAGUGGUGGAUGCAAAGACCAUCUUUACGGGGCACACGGCGGUGGUGGAAGAUGUCUCCUGGCAUCUGCUCCAUGAGUCUCUCUUUGGAUCAGUUGCUGAUGAUCAGAAACUUAUGAUAUGGGAUACGCGUUCAAACAAUACUUCCAAACCUAGCCACUCAGUGCCUGCCCACACUGCUGAAGUGAACUGCCUCUCUUUCAAUCCUUAUAGUGAAUUCAUCCUUGCCACAGGGUCGGCUGACAAGACUGUUGCCCUGUGGGAUCUGAGGAAUCUGAAACUGAAGUUGCAUUCCUUUGAAUCACAUAAGGAUGAAAUAUUCCAGGUUCAGUGGUCACCUCACAAUGAGACUAUUUUGGCUUCCAGCGGUACUGACCGCAGACUAAAUGUCUGGGAUUUAAGUAAAAUUGGAGAGGAACAGUCGCCAGAAGAUGCGGAGGAUGGGCCACCAGAGUUGUUGUUUAUUCAUGGCGGUCACACUGCCAAGAUAUCCGAUUUCUCGUGGAAUCCCAACGAACCUUGGGUGAUUUGCUCUGUAUCAGAAGACAAUAUCAUGCAGGUGUGGCAGAUGGCUGAGAACAUUUAUAAUGAUGAAGACCCUGAAGGAAGCGUGGAUCCAGAAGGACAGGGGUCCUAGAUAUGUCUGCACUUCUUGUGAUUUUAGACUCCCCCUUUUCCUCUCAGCCCUGCGAUUGGUUUAACACUGGUUUUGAGACAUACGUUAGAUCUACUAUCCCUCUGAUAGGUAUCACCAAUACUCUUACCCGAACAGUGGGUGUUUUCUAAAUAUGAACUGGGGGGCUUAAUUUAGCAAAGCCACAGACUUAUAUUUAAAUUUUCUUCAGGAAUUUUCUAGUAACAAACCCAGGUCUACAGUAGCCACAGAAAGGGGAAUAUUAUGUGUGAUUAUUUUUCUUCUGAUGCUGUAUCCCCAAGUUUUUCAGACUCAUUUAAGUAAAUGCUAGAGUGAGUAAGGAAUAGAGCCAAGUGAAGUAGGUGUCUGAGCCAUGAAGUAUCCAUACUGCGCGAUGAUGCCAUCCUUAUUCAGGACGUAGGGGAGAUUCGGUCCUAGAUUCCUGCUCUGAAAACCUUCACGCCCGGCUUUCCGGGUGCACAUUUCCUGGUAGACCAGGCUCCUCGGACUCUUCAGUUAAGAAAACUACAUGUUCUUCUUUGCCCCAUAUAUUUUUGCUCGUUAGUGUAUUUCUUGAGCUGUUUCCAUAUUAUUUCUUUCCUUUCUGUGAAAUGGGUUUUUUUGUUUUUGUUUUUAAACUUGGGACCACCAAGUUGUAAAGAUAUAUGUUUUUACCUGACAGCUGUACCACAGGUAGACUGUCAAGUGGAAAAGAGUGAGUCGAUAGCUUGUAUUUGUUUUUGAAAUUAAGUUAAUCCUUGAUAAGAGUUGCUUUUUUAGGAGUUAGUCCUUGACCACUAGUUUGACCCCUCUCCAUUGGGGGACCUGUCUCACCUGCAGGCCUGUCGCUCUCCGUGACUGACUGUGUAAGUGCUUAUAUGGAAUAAAUCGCUUUUCUACAUA